GUUUUUUAGCACAUAGUGCAAAUAGCGCGACGUUUACCGACAUCAACAUCAGCAUUGCGAUUGUCCAUCGUACGACUCCGAGGAACCGCCAGAUUUGGCAGUGGGAUACAGUUGGAAGUUUUGUGUGUUACGGAGAGAUUGCCACGGUAUCCGAUUACUGGAAUCAAGGAACUUGAAACUACAUACUAGACCAUGCUAUAUACCCAGCAUUUGCUCCUCGGAGCGCUUCGAGGAUUACGAACUAAAACUGUUUCCUACGGUCGAUUCACUAGAGAGUCUUUGAGGAGCAGAUUACAUCGAGAAAACCCUAUCCAGCCACCAAAAAUAGAAGUACUUCAACCGCCAUAUGCCGCUGAUACUAUUCCUGUCCGUCCAGUCAGUCAUUUACUGAGAGCUUUGGGAUUUACGUUUGCGGUUGGCGCAGGUACAUUCGCCGUUGCGGUGGUAAGCGACUACGAACGACAAAAACAUAGAGUAAAGAGCUUUUUCGAAAAAGCGAGAUCUACUUUCACUCAAAAUGCUAAUGAAUGGAGAGACCUCACGGACGGCGACAAAUGCGCACUUUACCUGGUUGGCGCCAAUCUUAUCGUAUUCGUUCUAUGGAGGUUGACAAAUUUGCAUCCAAUGAUGUGGCGGUAUUUUAGCAACAGUUUUGCUUCAAGAAGUCUUUGUCUACCUAUGGCCUUGAGCGUCUUCUCCCAUUACAGUUUUAUUCACCUCGCACUGAAUAUGUAUGUGGCAUGGUCUUUCACUAAUGUUGUCGUUGACAAAUUUCUUGGACCAGAUCAGUUCUGGGCCUUUUAUAUCACAGCAGGUGUGGUGUCGUCUUUAUUUGGUCUUGCUCACAAAGCACUCGCACGGUCCCCGAUACGUGCUGUUGGAGCUAGCGGAGCUAUACUUGGAGUACUCGGCUACACUUGUAUGAAAAUUCCUGAAGCAAGGCUCAGAAUUGUGUUUGUUCCUGGGUUUGAUUUUUCGGCACAAUCAGCAAUUAUUGGAAUAAUUCUGUUUGAUCUCGCUGGACUUCUGUUCAGGUUUCGGAUGUUCGAUCAUGCAGCUCACUUAGGCGGAACUUUGUUUGGAGUAUUUUACGCGAUGAUCGGAGAUGAUCUCAUAUGGAAUCGCUACGGUGGCUACAUUGAACAAGCGUAUAAACGCUUGAAAAAUGGAUGAUCUUGCUCCGAGUUAUCAUUCGUAUUGAGACUAGGAGAUUUCAGUGCGCUUCGCACACGUUUGAGGCAUAAAGGAAUCGUCCAAGAUCAGGUGGCGGAC